UUUCGAGGAAAGGCUCGAAGCAGGAAGGCAUAAGGAGCAGAGCAGGUGCAGUCGAUCAGUGUUAUCAGUUGCGGACAAAAGGAACGUUCUCCAGAAUCGAAGAGUACGAGAUGAGUGUGUCCCUUGUUGGCUGUCUUCGAGUAUAGUGGUACAAUAGUAUUGCCGUGACCCUCAGCAGCAGCAGGCCAGUGACCGACAUACGCUGUCCCACUUCCGUGAUCCCCAACGUCACACGCUUCCAGUAUUCAGUGAGACGAGCUUCAGGCAACUGGUUUCAUCUUUGUUAUCUUCGCACAGGAGUUGAACUCCAAGAGGCAGAAUGCGGCUUGCCGUCGUGUUCGAAUUGCUUCUCAUACUUCUCAUCAUAGCGUUUGCUGCUAGCAACGUUAUUAGAGAUCCGAGUGCAUUGAACAGAGCGAGACUCUUGAAGAAGGUUGAGAAAAAUGUGAAACGAACAAAACAGGAAACUUCAACUUCACCGACCAAGUACUGCAAUUGCUCCUCAUCCAUGUGCAACUGCUGCAGAGACUUCAACAUACCGGUCGUUUCUGCCAAAGGCCCAGGAUGUGCUACAAUUUCAUUCUUGAAAGACAACGAAUUUGGAAUUUCGAUGAAAUAUGGAGACCGAGUUUUGAGAAACAUCACAAUCACAGGUGAGAAGCCACAGCCAGUCUGCAUGCGUCUGCCUGGAGGUGUCUCCAAGUUCUGCGGUCGUGUGUACAACAUCGAGAAACAGGGCGAGCAGUUCAAAGCCUGCUUGGGCUUGGAGCUGAGAGCGCUGGAGAACCUGGAGGCUGCUCUUCGAGUGUCCUGCUUCCGUUUCGGUCCAGGGGGACUGAAGGUGGAGGCGGCGGAGCCAUUCCCGCCUGUUGUCAAGCAGAAAGGUGACAAAAACGAGGAGGAAGAGGAAGAAGACGAUGAUGAGUAUGCGGAUGAUGACGAUGACGACGAUGAUGAUGACUUCGGCCUUUCUGACGAUGACGAUGAUGAUGACGAUUCAGAAGAUGCCGCCGAUAAUGAUGUGGACUCAGCUGACUACACCGGGUUCAGUGCGUUGAGCAGUGAGUUCUUAGAGGGCUUCUUCGGUUCAGAUUCCUCCAAGAAGAAGAGGAAGAAGCCACAGGUGAAAGAGAAGCCAUUCUCGCAUUCAUCGAUGCACUCAAUCAUGACUCAUAAGCAAGAGAGUAUGCAGUCACAACCGAUGCAGCCCGUAGCCCAGACAAUGUCACAGCGUCCCAACAAGGUCAAACCCACGCGGGUAGCUCCUGCGGUAAAUCCUGCAAACCCUCCCGUUGUGGCAACAGUACCCAAAGUGCCUGCGGUUAAACCAACAGCAGCUCCACUACGCAACCGAGUCAAGGUCAAGGUGACUGUCCCCUCCACUACCCCCACAACCACCACUGAACGAGUCACCCCUUCUUCCAUCGAGCCUGUAGUUUUCAUCGAAACGACCACGCCCCAGCCAAUUAUUGAAACUACUGAGAACACCCGAGAGGAGGAUGGAAACAUGGGAAUGAUAACUUCAACAAUGGUCUCGAUCACCUCAAUGCAACAGUUGGAAGAGGAGGAGGAGGACGAAGAGGAAGAGGAAGAAGAGAAUGAGAAAAUUGGCGGAGGUGGCGGUGGUGGACUCUCAACAACAACCGAAAUGGGAACAACAGAGCACACAACUGAAACUUACACUGAGCGUGAUGUAUCAAUGUCAGAUAGGGUUGACGAAUUGAAAAUGGAGAACGACAAAGAGCUGUUGGUGUCAGCAGCCAAAAUAAAGGAUGAAGAUGAUGAGGAGGAGGAAGAAGAUGACGAUGAUGAUGACGAUGUCGCUUCAGUGGUGGAUGUGACAACUCUGUUAGAUGAUGAUGAAGACGCCGAUCAUUUCGGAACGAACGUGGAUGGGAAGCAGCCGAAUAAGAAGAAGGAGGAGGACAUUUUGAGUGGAAUCUUGGACGAUGACGACGAUGAUGAGGAGGAGGAAGAAGAGGAAAGCGCCAAGAAGAAGGAUCAGAGGACAAUUUCUCUGGGUGAACCAGUUUCGUUUGUGAGACAGGAGCCGGAGACCACAGUGAGGGUGGUGGAGCAGCCCACUACAACAGCAGCCCUCCAGCAGACCUCAACCACCAGGGAAGAAGAGAAGGUCACAAGGCCUCCGCUGGCAGGCAUGAGGCUGUUCGUCAUAGACCCCAAACAUCCCUCUAAUCCAAAGGUGGAGAACGCGAGGAGCUCACGCGCACACAGGCGCAUGCGCCUGCCACCCCUUGGCAUGGAGUCGCAGUUCUCGUGAUUUGAAGCGGCUUCUCUCAAAUCGCCUGACAGCCUUCACCAAAAAUCACAACUGAUUCCUUUAAGAGACUGUGAAUGUUAUUUAUUGCUUUAUUUAUAACUUCGCUUUAGGAGAACGUUAGUCUUGUAAAUAUUUAUUUAUUUAUUUGUUCGAUAAAUUUCUGUUCAAGUGAAUUGCAAGUUAAUAAGAUUGAUUGUAGGAUUAUUGGUGAAUAUUCGAGAUCACUUAUAAUUUAUUUAUUUGAAUAAUUCAUUCAGUUUGUAACAUCUUUACCAGCAGUAUACCAAAAACUAUCUCACUGCUAUUCAAUAUAAUUUACUUAUUUAAUUUGUAAGAAAUAAAUUUAAAUGUGGGAGAAGGUAAAUCUAUGAAGCCAGACUGACCACCACCACUGCCAUCUCUUAAUACUUUCAGCUCAAACAAGUGAGAA